AUGCCAAACAUCACGACUAAGAAUCUAGUAUUAGGAUCAACAGCUGCCAAACCAGGACUCGAGACCUGGUACGGUACACACCUCGAAGAGCGUACAAUCGGGGACUUGAAACCAAACGAAGUUGUACUCAAAGUAAACGCAGUAGGAUUCAAUCACAGAGAUAAAUGGAUUAGACAGGGUCUUUAUCCUGGCAUAAAAGAGGGUGUCACCAUGGGUUCAGAUGCAGCUGGCGUCAUUAUAGCCGAUGGUGAUGACAAAGAUACGUUCGUCGGAAAGCGCUACUUUGUGAACCCUUCGCGCGGAUGGAUUGAAAACAAGAAACACAGUGAAGAACCGUUCAUCAUUCUCGGUGGAUGUGAUAACGCAGAAGGUGUAUUUGCGACUGCAGUUAAGGUAGAUAAGAAGUAUAUUCUUCCAACACCUGAACAUCUGACAGAUGAGCAAGCUGCCGCAUGGCCACUUGCAGCCGUUACAGCCUGGAGAGCGACAUUCGUAAAAGCUCAAGUUGAGAAAGGUCACAAUGUUCUUAUUACAGGUAUUGGGGGUGGUGUAGCACUCCAAGCACUACAAUUUGCAGUUGCGAAAGGUGCAAAUGUCUACGUUACCUCCGGUAACUCAGAAAAGCUCCAACGUGCAAUCAAACAGUUUGGUGCAGCUGGCGGUGUCAACUACAAAGACGCCGACUGGCCAGAGCAACUCAAGAAACAGCUUCCAUCGGAUCACGUAUAUUUAGACGCUGUAAUUGAUUCAUCUGGUGGUGAUAUCGUAACGAAGGUAAAUAACUUACUUCAACCUGGAUCACCAAUUGCGAUUUAUGGUAUGACAAGCGUUCCAAAGACUCAAUUUACUAUGGGCGACGUUAUCAAAAACUUUGAAUUGAAAGGUAGUACGAUGGGGUCCUUGAAGGAGCUCCAAGAAGCUACUGCAUUCAUAUCUCAACACAAACUCAUCCCUGUUGUAGACCAACCAGUCAUUCAAGGUCUCGAGAACGCUGAAGAGGGUUUCCAAAGACUGGUCAAGAGCUCACAAAUGGGUAGCGUAGUAAUAAGCGUUGGAGGUGAAUCAAAACUCUGA